GUCGGCGUGCUGGUCGUCAGCGGCGGCGGAGACAAGGUGUUGCUGGGCCGGCGCAAGGGCGCCCACGGCGCGGGCACCUGGGCCCUGCCCGGCGGCUGGCUCGAGAAGGGCGAGUCCUUCGAGGCCUGCGCGCUGCGCGAGCUCGAGGAGGAGACGGGCCUCGUCGACGUCGCCGGGCCGCCCGCGGCCGCGCCGUUCGUGUCGAACAACGUCGCGCGCAUGGACGGCGUCCACAGCGUCACGGUCUUCGUGCGCGUCGACGUCGCCGGCGAGCCCGACGCGGAGGUCCGCGAGCCCCACAAGUGCCACGAGUGGGCCUGGCACGCCAUCGGCGACGCGCUGCCGGAGCCCGUCUUCCCGCCGCUCGCGUCCCUCGCCGCGUCCCCCUAC